AUUACCCAAGUGCAGUUAGCCCUAUAUGCUUAGUUUCCAACAUACGGAUUGCUUUCGCUUUCAAUAAGAAGCAAGAAGACUAACUUAAGGAGCACAUUACUGUCAUCGGUGUCCUGCAGUUACCAAUAUGAUAAACCACUGGGUGCUUCUCUCAGCCUACAUUAUAACCUUCUUAAUCGGCCUACCAGCCAAUAUCCUGGCCAUUUAUGCUUUCAUCAGGAAGCUUAGAAAAAAACCCACACCCACGGACGUCCUCCUGCUGAACCUGACCCUCUCCGAUUUGCUCUUUUUGUUUUUCCUACCAAUGAAGAUGUAUGAGGCAGCAUCAGGCCUGCAAUGGAACCUUUCCCAGACCAUGUGCUCUAUCAUGUCAUUUGUAUUUUUCAGCACUAUCUACACCAGCUCUCUGCUCCUGAUGGCUGUCAGCAUUGACCGCUACUUGGCAGUUACCUUCCCAGUGACCUACAUGAAGUUUCGUAAACUUCUCUAUGCCAUCCUUGGCAGCAUUUUUAUCUGGCUGUUCAGUGGUGCACACUGCACAAUUGUGUUUUUUGUCGUCCAUAUGGGCACAGGGAAUAGCACUGAACAAAUGACCACCUGCUACGAGAAUUUCACCAGUGACCAGAAACGAAUUGUUCUGCCAGUGCGCCUGGAGUUUUUUGUGGUUCUUUGUUUGUUGCCCCUGGUUGUAUGUGUCUUCUGCUAUCUCAACUGCAUCUGGAUCCUUUAUCAUAGGCCUCGCAUAACAAAGGAGAAGAAGCAGCGGGCCAUUGGAAUGGCACUGGGCACUUUGAGUGUCUUCUUGAUUUGUUUUUUGCCCUAUAACAUAUCUCAUCUGGUGGGCUUCAAUACUAAUGAAAGCCCACCGUGGAGGUACUACACACUGCUCCUAAGCACCUUCAACACCUGCCUGGACCCCAUCAUCUUCUACUUCUCCUCAAGCAUUUAUCGCAACACCACUAAACAGUCCCUUUUUCGAGUUUUUUCAAUUCGUCGCCGUCUAGGCUUGCACACCCCUCCCAAUUUAGACGAUGAAGGAGAUUCAAACUCUGAUAAACAAUUUGACCAUCACAAUAGUAACAACAAAAAUAAAAGAGAUACUUCAAGAGCUGCAAUAACUUUACCUGAAACUUAAACAUUCAGCUGGAAAUACAUGUUUUUAACAAAUCCAUCUGCUGUGGUGAAUUCUUACAACCGAAAUUGAAAAGUUUCAAUUUAUUGUUUGGGUGAAAUGUGCACAUUGCUAACCUACAGAUUAAAGGUAUAAACAUUUAUCUUUGAGUUGCUUCAGCUGUGAGCCAAGUCACUGACAACCUUUCGCAUUUAGUUCAGCCUUAAAUGCAUUUUAUGAAACUUAUGUCACAAAUUCUAUCCGUUCUUUAUUGGAUUUGAACCACAGCACUGUUGAAUUCUCAGAAACAAUCAAAAGGUCUUGACAGUAGUUCUGACCUCAAGGUGAAUCAAAGGUUUAUAUAAUGUUGCUAGUUCUAGUAUGUUAUAACAUCUACAGGGACUUUUAUGGCAGAUGCGCCACGGGUUUUCAGAAAAAGACGACUUUUAUAAGACUGGAUAAUUAAUUCACUUUGCAAUUAUAUGCAUCUCUCUCUCUCUCUCUCUCUCUCUCUCUCUCUCUCUCUCUCUCACACACACACACACACACACACACACACACACACACAGUCACAUAGGUUUUGCUCAGACGCUUCUGCUGGUGAUAGACAGUAUUUAGAUUGCUUUUUUCUAGGCAGUUUGAAGAUGAAUAUUUAAUGGAGUGCAAGAAGUCCAAAUUUAAUGUCUUUUUAUACGCUGUUAUAAGCCAUUUUC